AUGGUUCUCCAUUCUACUGAAAGACAAGGCCGCGACGGUAGUGGUGGCGGCAGCGGUGGUUCAUCUAUAGUUCUCUUGCAAGAAAGAUUUAGGCAGCUUCAAAGAAUGAGAGAGAAGAGACAAGAGAUGGAGCUUUUAAAGCUGUUCCCUGAGCAUGGAACCACGAGUCGAAGCGGUCAAACUAACCGUUAUGAGCCACCAGUUCGAUCGUUGGUGCACCCUGAGAUGAUGAAAACAAGACCAUGUUCUCAAGACUCGGUCUCUCUUGGACUUGAUUUAUCCACCAAGCAAGCAGAACCACAAAAACCUGCAAAAAACACACAAUUUAUGGACUUUUGGAAAGUAGAUUCAAAUAAACAUGAAGUUGAUACUUCACUUCAUCUAUAG